CCAUCAUCAUAUGAACUGAACUCUAUUGCAGCUGGAAUUUACUAUACAUGUAUAAGAUAUGAAGAUGUCUGCAAUGCGCAGUUUGCUGAAGGUUAGAGUGUGAUAUCAAAUUGCUACUGUAACCUAUGGUAGCUACAAUUGUUGGCAGCUUGAUCUAUACAAAGGCAAGGAGAGUCAUGGCCGACGUGUUUCCUCCAUCGUUAAGGAAAUUGUGGAAGGACUGGGAGUUGCGUGCUUUGGUCUUACUUAGCCUCAUUUUACAGAUAAUACUCAUCUUUUUGGGCAAUCGCAGGAAAUACAGCAGCAAAACUUGGCUCAGAAUUGUCUUGUGGUGUACCUAUCUGACGGCUGACUGGGUAGCAACCGUUGCCCUUGGUGUUCUUUCCAAUAAUCUUGGUGAUGUCCUUCAUAGCGAUGAUGGCAAAAGCGUUGCGCUGGACGCUGACACUGAGCUUACUGCAUUUUGGGCACCAUUCCUUCUGCUGCACUUGGGUGGCCCUGAUACUGUCACUGCUUAUGCCAUGGAAGAUAAUGAGCUGUGGCUAAGACACUUUCUUGGGUUGGGUGUUCAAACUGGAGUAGCCCUUUACAUUUUCAUUUUGGCAUGGACAGGUUCUCAUCUUUCAAUUCUGACCAUUCCAAUGAUUUUUGCUGGGCUUAUAAAGUAUGGAGAAAGAACAUUGGUUCUCAGAUCAGCUAGCAAUGAGCAGUUCAGAGACUGCAUGCUUAGUAAACCAGAUCUUGGUCCCAAUUAUCCCAAAUUCAUGCAGGAAUAUAAUUUGAAAGAGUUCGAGGGGUACCGUGUAGAAGCAGAAGAGAUGUUAGAGGUAGAGGUGCAGGUGGAUGAUUCAAUAAGAGGUGGCUCUGGUCCUGAUGCACCUCAAUUGCUUAAUGCCUAUAAUUCAUUCCAGAUUUUCAAGCGUCUCUUUGUAGAUCUCAUCCUAAGUUUCCAAGACAAAGAAAAUAGCCAAAUCUUGUUCAAAAACAUGUCUUUCAUAGAUGCUUUCAAGGUAGUUGAGAUUGAACUUGGAUUCAUGUUUGAUGUCCUUUACACCAAGGCAUCAGUGAUAUAUUCAGUCAAAGGCUGCAUUCUUCGUUGCAUCAGUUUGUCAUUCACCUGCUCUGUCUUGGUGCUGUUCACCAUAUUUGUAGCCGAUAAGGUGAAGUUUAACAAUGUUGAUCUGAUCCUAACUUUUCUAUUGCUGGCUGUAGCUAUAUUUCUUGAGAUAUAUGCAGUACUUUUGCUGCUUUCCUCUGACUGGACCGAUAUUUAUAUGAGCAAGUACGCAUAUAGUGCUGUGCGAAAAACCAUCAAUUUUCUUCAACUGCCAAAACAUAUGAGGUGGUCGAACGCCUUGGCACAGUACAAUUUGCUGAGCGUUAGCCUAAAUACCAAACCUGCAAUCUGCCAUGGAAUCCAGAGGUUGUUUUGCAUUGACAAGUUAAUGGAAAAAUACCGGUACAGGAACUUUAAACAGGUCUCUCCAGAUUUGAAAAGUUUGAUUUUCGACCAUCUCCUGAAGAAACUGGACAUUCUAGAAAAUGAGAAGGUUGAGAAUGAUAAUGAGAGAGCAAGCAGAGACCAAAUGCUGAGGGCUCAAAGCCUAGUGCUUGUAAGCUUUGGUCAUCCUGAAUUGAAAUGGAGCACUGAUGAGAUGGACUUUGACCAGAGCAUUCUUAUUUGGCACAUAGCUACUUAUCUCUGCUACCGCAAGGAUCAUGAAGAAAUCUCAGAUCCCAUCUUGGCAAGUAGAAGAAUGAGCAAACGGCUAUCAAAAUACAUGCUCUAUCUCCUAAUCAUGUGUCCCUUCAUGUUGCCAAUGGGAAUCGGGAACAUCAGAUACCGAGACACCUGUGCUGAGGUCACAAAAUAUUUGCAAGAACGCAAGUCUAUAUUAGGUGAUAGUGAUGUGCGCAAGAAUUAUUGUAUCUUUGGAUUGGAAUGUUAUAGAAAAAUGAAGAUCAAAUUGCAGAAAAGAGAAGCUUGUGAGAUGUUGCUUCAGGUGAACACUGCCGUGCUGCCAAAGAAAGUGAAAGGUGACAGAAGCAAAUCUGUGUUAUUUGAUGCCUGUAGGCUGGCAUCGCAAUUGGAAGAUAUUGCAGACAAAGAGAUUAAAUGGGAAAUGGUGUGCAAAUCUUGGGUGGAAAGGUUAACUUAUGCUGCUAGCCAAUGCAGUGGAACUUAUCAUGCUCAGCAGCUGAGGCGAGGCGGAGAACUUCUCACUCAUGUAUGGCUCCUAAUGUCACAUUUGGGUUUAACAGAUCAAUUCCAAAUAUCACAGGGACAUGCUAGAGCUAAGCUAGUAGCGAAAUAAUGAGGUUACCCUUAUAAUUGUACACUGUUGUUGAACUUGAUGUUAAUUAAGGUUGGGGGGCGUAUUGCAGGUAAAGGGGAAAGGACAACUCCCCUGAGUUGAUGUAUAGCCGUAUCUGACAAAUAAACUAUUAAAUUUUUAUUCCUGCAUUUGCACAAAUUUUACUUAUGUAUAACUGAUGAAGUUGCAGGCCUAAAUUUCCCAAAAGCGAGCCGGGCUAGGCUUGGAAAAUAUUGAAAUAGAGAGAUAUGUGGUUUGGGCUUCCAUGGAAAUUCAUGGCAAAAGUGAUGUCUUUUACUUUUCAAUGUGUUCGUGAAAUGAUGGACUUUGUCCAUUUUGGAGAUUUAGGAUUAGAAAACAAAAUCCAAGAAUGCCUGCCAUGCUCCUCCUAUUGUUUUCGUUUUGGUAAAAGGUCACCUAAUCAGGACAUUGUACCUUACUCGGGCUACCUUUUUGUUAUAUAAAUUGUUAAUGUGCAACUCUAAUUAUUCA